GGGUGGUGGGGGAAAAUUCCCGUCAAAAUUGAAAACAGAAAAACAAAGUCGUGUCUGUUUUUCUCUAUUUUUUUCAGCUUCCUGGCGAAUGAUUAUGUGUUUUACUGCGAGGUAGAAGAAGGGAAUACAUUUAAGAAGGCUUUUGUGUACCCCUCCUCAACAAGAUGUCUGUAAGAAUGGAUAACAGCGUCCACGAGUGGGCUUUAGGGUUAACACGGAGACACAAAGUGUUCAGCCUCGACCAACCACUAAAGCCAGAGCAUUUUACAAAUUUGACAAGGGACAAGAACUUGCAGCCUAUUCUAUCUUUCCUGACGCGCCACGUGUGCCCGCCUGAGGAGAGAAGGCUGAUUAAGCUGAACUUGAAGCAUUCUCGUUUCAGGAAGAAACUAACAGGGGAAGAGGGAGAGAUUUUGCCCACGGAAGAAAGAUUUAAACUCAAGGCAUCUAUUGUGGAUGCCAAUUCAGCCAUUGCAGCAGAAACUGCGGAAAUCCAACAACUUAAUCGCAGGAAGGAGGAACUGCGCCAGAGGGAGGUGGAGCUGCGUCGGAGAGCCAUGUUGAUGAGGGUGUCGCAGGAGGAGCGAGAGAAGGAGAUCCAGCAUUGCAAGCUGUGGCAGUCGCAACUCUCCCAACUGCAGGAGGAUUUGCCCAGCGUAUAUGAUGGCCAGGCUGGAGUGGAUAUAAACUUACAGAAACAGUUGCGUGGGAACCUAUCGGACCUGGAGAAACUCCGUCGUUCCAUCAUCACAGGUCACUUUGGCACUCCAGAUCGUAUGCAUAUGGAGAAGCUGCGUGUAUGGGAGCGCAUUGGCGACGCAAUGGCUACUUGGGGGCCGAGGUCACUGAUGGUUGGCAUGACAAGUGAGGUUCAGGAGGUGAUGCGAGGCCUCCAUGCACAAGUUCAAAAUGUGGAUCUGGUGAAAGAUGCACGAGAGCUCAGACUAAAGUGUGAAAAUGAUGGCGCAUUCAUUGAUGAGAUGAAUCCUGGAGGCGUAAUUGAGUCUGUGCGUGAACUCUUGGGUCAAAUGAGUGCAUCACACGUCAAGCUUUACGUCGAGGCUUACCAGGCUGAUCUGGCUGCGCAGUCCCUGUCUCGAGCUCUCAAGACACUCCAUAACAACAUCUUUGCUGCUGCAAAACGUAAUUACACUGAUGAUGGCAUCACUGUGGCUGUGGUUGAUGUGGUGAAGGAGAACAUUAGCGUGGCAGGGGAGAGAGCUGCCCUGAAUGCGGCUGAGCAGCUGACUUCCUCACUGCAGGAGAGGGCCAAUGCUGCGGCUAGGGCCAGAGACGCACUGAGAGCCAAACACGCGCAGAUCGUCAGCUUCAACAAGGAGGUGCAAGAUGGCAUAGAGAGCAUCCAGUGCCUGGCCAUGUGUGUGGGAGACGGCCUUCAGAUCAUCAAGGAGCGUCUGCAGGAAGUCCGAUCCACAACAGAAGAGGCCCUUGAAGGCAUGGCCUACCCCACCCCAGUCUCUGCUAACUCCCUGGCUAAUGAGUGCGAGGCUUUCAUAGCAGCACCGCUCAAUCAGCUCCUUACAACGACCACAGAGGAGUUUAGCCAAAAACGGAAGGCAGAGAUGUCAACAACCUCCCUCCUGUGGUACGACCAGGCUGCAGCCCAACCAGGGUGGGAAGCCCAGCGGCAACUGUGUAAUGGAAUCCUGUCCUGGGAUGGGGUGUUUGGGGCAGUGUGCGAAAAGCAGGAACUGACAACCAGCCUGCAGAAGGAGAUGGAACGCCUUACCUUCAGCAAGGCAGCUAUGCAGGCCACUCAGAAGAGCAGGAAGAUACUGUCCAGUCAGGAAAUGAAAGAACUUACAGAGAAGGUAGAGGUGAGUGACAGCAAGCUCGAAAAGGACAUAACUCGGCUGACGACCAGUUGCGAGAAGCAGGUCGACAUUGGCAUGCAUCACGUCGCCAGAGUCAACAGACUCCUGACUGAAUGGUAGGCAGAGUUCCUUUGUUGGUUUU